UAAGCUAAAGAAUAAGAGCCCAAAAGCAUAGAGCCUACAUAAUAUUAUCCCUUGCAUAAAAGCAUAGGGGCUUUGAUUCCGAAACAAUCAUAAUACCCAUAUCAUAUCUAUUCUCCCCCUCUCUUUCAAACUCAUUCACUUUUAUCUCUCUCUCUUUCUUGUCUCUUGAAUCUUGAUGCAGAAGACGCAUGAAAGACACCAUCAGGUGCUGCCUCUCAUGCAUCUUGCCCUGUGGAGCACUGGAUGUGGUCCGAGUCGUGCACCUCGAUGGCCGGGUCGAGGAAUUCGGCCGAGAAAUUCAGGCUGGUGAAAUAAUGAAGGCCAACCCGAAACACGUUAUUAGGAAAUCGUUGUACGGGGAGAAUGUAGUACGAAGCGUAGUGGUGCUGCCUCCGGAUGCAGAGCUUCGAAGGGGAGAGAUCUACUUCUUGAUGCCUGUCGCUUCCCCGCCGAAGAAAGCUAGGGUGAGAAGGAAGAAGAGGGAGAUGGACCCCGAGGCGAUGACAAAGCUCCUGAUCUCCGACCGAUACUUGUCCGAGAUCUUAUCAGAGAAGGCAUUGACUCAAAGGAAUAGGAGACAUGGCCGUGUUGGUAUGUGGAGACCUCAUUUAGAGAGCAUCUUAGAAGCCAUCACCGAUUCAUGAGAGAAAAUCUCUAAGCCAAUCUAGACUUGUGCAACUCCUCCAACCAUGAAUCAUGUGGAGGACUGGUAGCCUAGUCCACAAGAACACCAUGGAAUCAAUACAGAACUUUGUGCAGUUAUUUUCCCUUUUCCAACACAAUCUUCUCAUUCUCUGUCAGGUGAAUUUUUGGGAUUUUUCAAUUAUGUCUUCUGCAACCUUGCAGUGAGAUUUACCUUUGUUAUUUUAUGUUACACAUGCUAUGGUGCUUCAUUUCUUGUUUAGGAAAGAAUCUUGCCAAUUCCAUUAGUCCUCAAUGCUGCAUCCAUGAUUCUCAAAA